UGUUUGCUGUCCAAGAUCUCACAGGUUAUAGUUAAAUAUAGUAUACUGUAUAUGACUCUAAACUCAAUAUGAAUCCACCAACACCACCACCCAGAGAAAAAACACCUUGCAAGACCAAAAAGGUAAUAACAACAAAAUGUAACAAAAAAGAAGAACAGCAACAAUCCGGGAUAGCAGGAGCUCCGCUCAACGUGUCAACAACAUCUGACAUAUCUCAACAUAGCGAGAUAGUGAGUGGAAUCCUUCCUCUAAUAACAAGGAAUAUAAUACAAGGCAUCACCUUGCAACUUCCUGCCAUGGUAGGCCAGUGCCUCCAGGAAAACUAUGACUUAUCAGAUAACUCUGAUAUACUAACCCCUAUAACACCAAAUAUCCAAGAAGUACUCAGUGAUUUGAGCCAGUCCAUGCGAGAAAUAAGAUCAGAAUUAGCUGAAAUAAAAGAAAGCCAAUCAUUUCAUACCAAGAUGUAUGAUGACCUCGCAAAUAAGAACAAAAUCUUGGGAAAACAAGUAUCCGAUAACAAAAGAACUAUCGAUAAUCUUCUUGAGCGAAUAUAUGAUCUGGAAGACGAUCUAUACUAUGUCUCGGAGAAGCUUGAAGAUCAAGAAAGACGCGGGCGUCUAGAGAAUCUCGAGUUUCAUGGAGUCCCCAUCACUGAAAAUGAGAAUACGGAUGAAAUAGUCUGUAACAUAGCUAAGAUGAUUGGCGUUAACAUCCAUGCCACCGAUAUCUCUGUUUCACACAGAAUGCCAACAGGAGCCCAACAUACUAGAACUCCUGCCAUAAUUGCAAAAUUCGUCCACCGCAAAAACAAAAUGAAGAUCUUUGAAAAAAGAAAGUCCCUGCGAUCAAUAAAAUCAAGCGCAGUGUUUAAACAUCCUUCAAAAAUAUUUAUUGCAGAAAAUCUAACGGCUCUGAAUAAAGAUCUGUACUUCAGAGCUAGAGCUGCAAAAAAUAACUGCGGAUACAAAUUUAUAUGGACCUCAAAUGGAAAGGUAUUCGUGAAAAAGAACAGCGAUGUCAAAAACUCACUAAAUAUUAGAUGUGAUGAAGAUCUGUCAAAAAUCAAAUAACUGUUAUAUAUUUAAAUCAACCAUUGAUGCCAAUGCACCAAUGAAACCACUGAGUCGGCGAGAGAAUAGACUUCUAGCUAAACCUUGGUUGACUAAAGGCAUCCGCGUAUCAAUUAAGACGAAACAGAAAAUGCAUAAAAAAU